CUCCAUCACAUUUAGAUAUAUGCUCUUCCAUCAUCAUCGUCGUCAUCUCCUUCGUUCCUUCGACAUUGUCAGCUAAUCUCCAUUUUUAUUUUUUAAUCAUCCUCAUAAUUAACUAGAGCUAAUUGUUAAUCCGCAGCAGCAUCGAAUCCAAUGCCAUUCCCAUUCUCAUUCUAUUUGACUCCGGUGAGCUGAGCUCUUUUCUUUUCUUUUUCUUUUUCUUUCCUUUACUUUCCUUUCUCCAAUCCAUCCAUCGAGCCGAGGAACGGCCGAUGCGGGGCGUGGAGAGGCCGCAGCCCCGACUUCCGCGCUCCUCCUCCAUCUCCUUCCUCCUCCUCCCGCAGCGGUUGAUCAAUCGAAGCGUGAAUCAUAUAUCCAAGCGUUAACCACCGAUCACAAUCAUUUUCCUUGAUGACUCGUUGUUCGUCGUCUGCUGCUGCUGCUGCUAAAAAAGGUGGCGUCUUUCUCGAGGGGAAAAGGGAAGAGGGAAUUUUACUGCCUGUCAUGGUUUUUUUAAGCUUUGAUUUUGGCCUCGGAUUUUGAUGUUUUCUUGCUUAUUCUACCGAUUUUGGGGGUAAAGUUUUGAUCUUGAGAUCGAGGAGGAGGAGGAGGAGAUGCAGAAUAAUCUGUUUACCUCGCUUCGGAGUAUGAAGCUGAUGGAAGCGUGCAAAAGUGCGCAGGUGUACGCCUUGAAUCCCAGCAAUGCGGCGUCGUCUUCUGCUUCCUCGUCGUCGGUGGAUAAGUCCGGCCUCGCCUCCACCUUCUCGAUCCGCACCAAGUCGGUACGCGGCGCCGGUGGCGUGGGGCAUCAUUUCACGCCGUCCAUGGUCGUUGAUACGCUUCUUCCGUUCGGCUUACCCUCCAUCGAGGACAUCGAACCUGCUGUUGAUCCUUUUCUCCGCCCCCUUGACCCAGUUGCCACGCUAUCGGACUCCUUCCGCCGCCUCUCCGCGGCGGUCGAUGCGGUGGGCGACCCGGCAGAGAGCCGCCUGCUGCUCCUCUGCGAUCUCCACCUCGAGCAGCGGUCCCUCUUUCGCCCUCUCGCCGACCCCAAGCUCCUACGCCGGGCGCUCCGCUCCGCCCGCCUUCACGCCCCCAAUCCACACCACCGCGUCGUCCUCUCCGCCUGGCUCCGCUACGAGCGGCGCGAGGACCAGUUCCAUCCCGUCCCCGCCCUCCUCUCCGCCUGCUCGCCCACCUCGCCCUCCCUCGAGUGCCCCCGUGCCGCACUCCUCUCCACCUCCGAUCUCCUCUGUCCCUGCCGCCGCACGCUUCCCGAUCCUUCCCCUCCCUCCUCCUCCUCCUCCUCCUCCUCCGUUCCCUGCCGCCACGAUCCGGACGAAGACGACGCCGACGUCUGGUUCUGCAUCGCCGAGGACGAGGUCCCUUGCGUCCGCUCCCACAUUGCCCUCCUCUCCAAGCCCUUCUCCACCAUGCUCUACGGCAGCUUCGCAGAGGCCAAGCGCGAUCAUAUCAGCUUUUCAUUCAACGGCAUAUCGGCCCGCGGCAUGAAGGCCGUCGCUACCUUCAGUCGCUGCGGCCGCCUCGACGAGUUCCCCCCAGACACCGUCCUCGAGCUCCUCGCCUUCGCCAACAAGUUCUGCUGUGACGGAUUAAAGCACGCCUGCGACUCCAAGCUCGCGUCUUUAGUGCGCACCCAUGACGACGCCCUCCUCCUCGUCGACUACGGCCUCGAGGAGACGGCCUACCUCCUCGUCGCCGCCUGCCUCCAGGUGUUCCUCCGCGAGCUCCCAAAGUCCCUCUCCGAUCCCGAUAUCACAAGACUACUCUGCACCCAGGAAGGGAAGGACAAAUUGGCGGCUGCUGGUCAUUCCUCAUUCUUGCUCUACCACUUCCUCUGCCAGGUAGCCAUGGAGGAAGACAUGAAGUCCAACACCACUGUUAUGUUGCUGGAGAGACUGGUAGAAUGCGCCACCCCAGGAUGGCAAAAGCAGCUGUCUUUGCAUCAAUUGGGGUGUGUCAUGCUCGAGAGGGGCGAGUUCAAGGAUGCCCUGAAAUGGUUCGAAGCCGCUGUCUCUGAGGGCCAUGUCUAUUCCCUUGUUGGUGUUGCAAGAGCUAAGUUCAAGAAGGGGCACAAGUACUCUGCCUACAAGCUUGUAGACAAGCUCAUCAAUGCCUCUGAUCCUUCAGCAGGGUGGAUGCACCAAGAGAAGUCAAUCUAUAGCCUUGGCAAAGAGAAGAUGACUGAACUACAGCAAGCCACUGAGUUCGAUCCGACCCUCCUUUACCCUUACAAGUACCGGGCCAUUGCCUUAAUGGAGGAGGACAAGAUCGGGGCUGCAGUUGCGGAGAUCAACAAAAUAAUCGGGUUCAAGGUCUCAACUGAUUGCCUUGAGCUCCGGGCAUGGUUGUUGCUCGCACUCCAGGACUACGAGGGGGCAUUGCAGGAUGUGAGGGCACUCAUGACUCUAGACCCUGGUUACAUGAUGUUUCAUGGGAAGCUUCAUGGUGAUCAAUUUAUUGAGAUCCUCCAGCAACAAGUGAAGCAGUGGGACAUGGCUGAUUGCUGGAUGCAGCUCUAUGAUCGGUGGUCCGCUGUCGAUGAUAUUGGCUCACUUGCUGUGGUGCACCAGAUGUUGGCUAAAGAGCCUACAAACAGCAGUUUAAGAUUCAGGCAAUCACUUCUGUUGCUAAGAUUGAAUUGCCAGAAAGCAGCAAUGCAUAGUUUGCGUUUGGCUCGGAAUCAUUCAACACAUGAGCACGAAAGACUUGUUUAUGAAGGAUGGAUCUUGUACGACACUGGUCACCGUGAUGAAGCUCUUGCCAAGUCAGAGGAAUCCAUUUCCAUCCAGAGAUCAUUUGAAGCUUUUUUCCUAAAAGCAUAUGCUCUUGCAGAUUCCAACUUGGAUCACACAUCUUCAACACAUGUGAUUCAACUGCUGGAACAAGCCAAUAGUUGUGCUUCUGAUAACCUUCGGAAGGGUCAGGCACACAAUAAUAUGGGAAGCAUAUAUGUUGACUGUGAUAUGCUGGAUGAAGCUGCAGCAUGCUACUUAAAAGCACUCGGUAUAAAGCAUACUCGUGCACACCAAGGUUUGGCACGGGUUUACUACCUAAAGAAUCAAAAGAAGUUUGCUUACGAUGAGAUGACUAAGUUGAUAGAAAAAGCGAAGAACAAUGCUUCUGCAUAUGAAAAAAGGUCAGAAUACUGUGAUCGCGACAUGGCAAAGAGUGAUCUUAAUAUGGCAACAAAGUUGGAUCCUCUAAGGACAUACCCUUACAGAUAUCGUGCUGCUGUGUUGAUGGAUGAUCACAAAGACCAGGAAGCAAUUAAAGAGCUCUCACGGGCGAUCACGUUCAAGCCAGACCUCCAGCUCCUUCACCUGCGUGCUGCAUUCCAUGAUUCGAUGGAAAACACAGAAGCCACCUUGCGAGACUGUGAAGCGGCAUUGUGCCUCGACUCAUCUCACUCUGACACACUCGAUCUCUACAACAAAGCCCUCGGAAGAGCCAAUCCCCAGAGUAGAUAAAAGCUUGCUGAUGUCGCAUGAAUGUGCUUUUUGUUACAGAUUCAAGAAUGUGCCUGUGGAUUGCUCCACAAAACACAAAGAUGGCGAUCAAACAAGAAGAAAAGUGAUCACAUUUUUCAGGCAGAAGCCAGUGUGUAUAUACUUGUACAAGGUUUGUGGAAGAAAUAUAUGAAGUGGAACAAGAAAGAAAAGAGAAUGUGUCAAGGAAAUUACCACAUGAGAGGAGCAAGCAGAGGCCUUUGAACUGGUGGAUUAGUCUCUUUGGUGUUUUCUUUCUUCAUAAUCUUUUUUUGAAAUAUGAUUGCUGACAGAAAGAGGAAAAAAAAGAAAGUUACAUGAUAUUGAGAGGGAAGAAAUCAAAGGACAUUUACACAUAUCUUGUUUGAUCUUUAGUUUGUUCAUUUGCGCCCCAAACACCUCAAAGUUCAUGAAGAACAAUAUUCUUUUUAU